ACUGAACUCAAUGCCUCCCAAUGGAUCCGGUCUUACUAUCACAAAUCCACUCGUUCUCUACCGAAGCCUCGUAGCAACUCAAAAAAUUCGUCCUGACCCAGCCCAGCACCGCCUUGCUCUCCAUUUGCAAAAUCUAUAUGACAGAUUGAUCGACUAUGAACCGACUGUAGCGUAUGGAAAGCGUCUCCAGCAACUCACACGUGCUGUCGAUGCAGGUCAAAAUGCUGCUUCCUCGAACUCAGAUCCGCUUGCAGGCGGAAUUGGGAGGAGAGGGAUCUGGACAUCCCUUCUUGCCCAGAAAGAGAAAAGGGAUUCGAUGGCCUUAACGCGCACCCUGACCAGCCAUGAGGAAGCCAUGCAACUGCAAAGUCCCAAGGGCCUGAUGCUUCAUGGCGAAGUGGGUACAGGAAAGUCCAUGCUCAUCGAUUUAUUUCAAGACUGCCUACCGAACCGGAAGAAGCGCCGUUGGCAUUUCAAUACGUUCAUGCUGGAUACGAUCUCACGUCUCGAGCAGCUGCGCAUGUCUCGGUCUUUAACUGGAACUGGCGGACUGCAGGAUGAAUACUCGUUACUUGUUGUGGCCCGCGAUCUCAUUGAGAAAUCACCGAUCCUUUUUCUCGAUGAGUUUCAAUUGCCAGAUCGUGUAGCUGCGAAGAUCUUAUCAAACCUUAUGACGUCUUUCUUCCAGCUUGGUGGCGUCCUUAUCGCAACAAGUAAUCGCAUGCCAGAGGAACUUGCCAAAGCAGCGGGUAUGGAUUUUGCAAGGCCGGUGAGCAAGUUGAGUAGGUUAGGAUGGAGGCUUGGAAUGAGUGGAUCGGUUGGGAGGGACGACGGGCCGGGUCAGCUGGGCGAGUUUGCCGCCUUCUUGCAGAUUCUACGAGCAAGAUGUGAGGUCUGGGAGAUGGAAGGGAAAAAGGAUUACCGAAAACUGGAAAUUGAAGAAGGAGGCUUAAGGACCGAAAAACUGCGGAGGACGGCCGGUGGAGAUACUAAUAUUCUAUCAACUGUUGUAGCGGAUGGUGCGGCGGUUGGUACGGAGCAGACUGAGCCCGCAGAUACUGCUCAAGAAGUCACACUGCCAAAGAACUACAUCAUCCAGCCUUCCACCGCAGAAGAUCUCACCUCCUUCGCGGAAUCCUUCAACACCCUCGUCGAGCACGCAACUUCUCACUCCUACCCCAUUCCAUGGACUCCCGCAACCCUCACCGUCUACGGUCGCCUCGUUCCUAUUCCCGCUCAACACAAUGGCGUCGCUUUUUUUACCUUCCAGGAACUCUGCGUUGCAAUGUUCGGACCCGCCGACUACAUCACGCUCGCCUCAACAUAUCACACGUUCAUCAUCACAGACAUUCCUAUAAUGGGCCUCCUGCAAAAAAGCGAAGCACGCCGCUUGAUCACGCUCCUCGACGCUAUGUACGAAGCUCGCUGCCGUCUACUAAUAACCGCCGCAGCGGGUCCAGACGACAUCUUCUUCCCCGAAAAACCUGCUACAUCUAUAUCCACUUCACCCGAUGAACUAGCGAACGAUGCAGUCCAUUCGGAAACCUACUCGGAAAUUCACCAAGAUCUCACGUCGCCCUUCCGGCCCAAUAUCUCCUCCUACGCAAACGGAGGUGCCGCGCUUGCAAUGGACGCCCUGGAAGACGACCCGCCGAAUCGAUACCGCAAGCCUGGCACCUCGUUUACAGACGAGCGGCGUCAUGCGGCGCCUGACUUCUCGAAUGUCGGGGGCCUGACAGGAGAAGACGAGCAGUUCGCAGUGAAGAGGGCGCAGAGUCGGAUUUGGGAGAUGUGCUCGGGGCGUUGGUGGGGGCGUGACGUGGAAGAGAAAGAUAUGGCGUGGUGGAGACCUCUGCCGCAGGAUCUGCGACAUUGGGAACGCGCACAAUUGCUCUCCUCUCCUGUUGUCGCCGCACCAGAAAACGCGCCUGAGUCGUCGGAUGUCAGGAUCUUGCAGGAUAGUGAGCAGCUGCGGAAGAAACAACAGGAAGUGUUCCCCGACAAACAAGAGGCUAUGUUUCCGCAUGGCGCGAGUCCGUUCAGAACGGAUCCCGAUGCGCCGCCAAAAAUUAGCUGGACGCAUGUUUGGGGUACGGUGCAGUGGGGAAAGGGGGCUGGUGCGUGGGGGAAGGGGGUUGAUGGGUUGGAGCAGAGGAAGAGGGAGAAAGAUGGGCAAAACGAGAGUGGUGAGAAGAAGGACAAGUGA